AUGCCGGUGACCUUCGAGGAGGUGGCUGUGUAUUUCACCCAGGGGCAGGGGGCUCUGCUGGACCCCGCUCAGAGAGCCCUCUACAGGGACGUCAUGCAGGAGAACUAUGAGAUGGUGACCUCGCUUGGAUUUCCCAUUCCCAAACCUGAGCUGAUCGCCCGGUUAGAACGAGGGGAUGAGCCAUGGGUGCCUGAUCUCCAGGCCUGCAAGGAAAGAAGGCUUCUGAGAUGCACCCGCACAGCAGGUGCUGAACGAGGGAGUGAGAAUGAGGAUGGGAAUCAUCAUGACGAAGUUCCCGGGGAAGUGGAACCGCAGGGGAUCUUUGUAGGAAGAGCUGAAGGAAAUUUUUCCCAGUGCUUGGAGCAGGCAGAAGCCUGGGGAAGUUGGCACAGGUCAGAGAGGCUUCUGGGAAACCACCCAGGGAAGGAAGUGGAUGAAUCUAUUAACGGUGGGGGAGGAGAGGAGGAUCCCAGAGCGCCGCCGACAAAUCCCAAGCAAGAGACACCAUGGCACUACCUUCAGUGUGGGAAAGGAUUCAUUUUGAGAUCACAGUUUGUGACACGUCAGACAAUCCAUACUGGAGAGAAACCCCUUCAAUGCUUGGACCACGGGGAAAGCUUCAAUAAGCUCUCAGAUCUUAAUAAUCAUGGGACAAGUCAUACUGGAGAGAAAACCGCUCAAUCCCUCAAGUGUGGGAAAUCUUUCACUUCGAAGACACAAAUAAUUAGAUAUCAGUUAAACCACACAGGGGAGAGACCCCAUAAGUGCUUGGACUGUGGGAAAAGUUUCAUAAGAAAGUCAACCCUUGUUGAACAUCAGGCAUUACACACAGGAGCAAGACCCCACAGCUGCUUGGACUGUGGGAAAAGUUUCAUACAGAGGUCACACCUAGUUCAUCAUGAGGCAAUCCACACAGGAGACAGACCCCACAAGUGCUUGGAUUGUGGGAAAAGUUUCAUAAGAAAGUCAACCCUUGUUGAACAUCAGGCAUUACACACAGGAGCGAGACCCCACAGGUGCUUGGACUGUGGGAAAAGUUUCAUACAGAGGUCACACCUAGUUCGUCAUGAGGCAAUCCACAAAGGAGAGAGACCCCACAAGUGCUUGGACUGUGGGAAAAGUUUCACACAGUGGUCAUACCUUGUUAAACAUCAGGCAUUACACACAGGAGAAAGACCCCACAAGUGUUUGGACUGUGGGAAAAGUUUCAUACAGAGGUCAAACCUAGUUCGUCAUGAGGCAAUCCACAGAGGAGAGAGACCUCACAAGUGCUUGGACUGUGGGAAAAAUUUCAUAAGAAGGUCACAUCUUGUUAAACAUCAGGCAUUACACACAGGAGAAAGACCCCACAAGUGCUUGGACUGUGGGAAAAGUUUCAUACAGAGGUCAAACCUAGUUCGUCAUGAGGCAUUACACACAGGAGAGAGACCCCACAAGUGCUUGGACUGUGGGAAAAAUUUCAUAAGAAGGUCACACCUUGUUAAACAUCAGGCAUUACACACAGGAGAAAGACCUCACAAGUGCUUGGACUGUGGGAAAAGUUUCAUACAGAGGACACACCUAGUUUAUCAUCAGGCAAUCCAUACAGGAGAGAGACCGAACAAGUGCUUGGACUGUGGGAAAAGUUUCAUAAAAAGGUCACACCUUGUUCAACAUCAGGUAAUCCACACAGGAGAUAGACCCCACAAAUGCUUGGACUGUGGGAAAUGUUUCACAGUGAGGUCAAACCUUGUUCAACAUCAGGCAAUCCACACAGGAGCGAGACCCCACAAGUGCUUGGACUGUGGGAAAGAUUACAUACGAAGGUCAGACCUUAUUAAACAUCAGGCAUUACACACAGGAGAGAAACCCCACAAAUGCUUGGACUGUGGGAAAUGUUUCACAGUGAGAUCAAACCUUGUUCAACAUCAGGCAAUCCACACAGGAGUGAGACCCCACAAGUGCUUGGACUGUGGGAAAGAUUACAUACGGAGGUCUGACCUCAUUAAACAUGGAAGAAUCCACACAGGAUCUAAACUUCUGUGAAACAUGGCAUGAAAGGGUUAAGCAACUUCUAUGUAAUUGACUCAGAUUCAACUUUUAGAGAGAGAUUUUAAAAAUGUGUCCACCUUAGAUAAGCUAGAGUUUGAAAUGUAAAUGUGUAUUUUUAAAGACUCGGAAGAAGAGGGCACGUUAUUUCUGAGUAACCUAAUUGCCUUCUAUGACAAGAUAACUGGCUCUGUGGAUGAGGGGAAAGCAGUGGAUGUGUUAGUCCUUGACUUUAGCAAAGCUUUUGAUAUGAUCUCCUACAGUAUGUUUGCCAGCAAGUUAAAGAAGUAUGGGCUGGGUGAAUGGACGAUAAAGUGGAUAGAAAGCUGGCUAGAUCGUCGUGCUCAACGCGUAGUGAUCAAUGGCUCCAUGUCAUGUUGGCAGCCGAUAUCAAGUGGAGUGCCCCAAGGGUCGGUCCUGGGGACGGUUUUGUUCAAUAUCUUCAUUAAUGAUCUGGAGGAUGACGUGAACUGCACCCUCAGCAAGUUUGCAGAUGACACUAAACUGGGAGAACUGGUAGAUACGCUGGAGGGUAAGGAUAGGAUACAGAGGGAUGUAGACAAAUUAGAGGAUUGGGCCAAAAUAAAUCUGAUGAAGUUCAAGUGGAGAGUCCUUCACUUAGGAUGAAAGAAUCCCAUUCACUGUUACAGACUAGGGACCGAAUGGCUAGGCAGCAGUUCUGGAGAAAAGAACCUAGGGGUUACAGUGGAUGAGAAGCUGGAUAUAAGUCAACAGUGUGCCAUUGUUGCCAAGAAAGCUAAUGGCAUUUUGGACUGUAUAAGUAGGGGCAUUGCCAGCAGAUCGAGGGACGUGAUCGUUCCCCUCUAUUGGACAUCGGUGAGACCUCAUCUGGAGUACUGUGUUCAGGUUUGGGCCCCACACUACAAGAAGGAUGUGGAAAAAUUAUGAGGAGAGCCUGAGGGAACUGGGAUUGUUUAGUCUACAGAAGAGAAGAAAGAGGGGGGAUUUGGUAGCUGCUUUCAACUACCUGAAAAGGGGUUCCAAAGAGGAUGGAUCUAGACUGUUCUCAGUGGAACCAGAUGAUAGUUGUCUAAACUGCUCUCAAAAAUCUCCAGUGAAGGAGAUUCCACAACCUCCGUAGGCAAUUUAUUCCAGUGUCUAACCACCCUGACAGAUAAUAGUUUUCAAGUACCUAAAAUGUUGCUAAGGAGGACGGAGAAAAAUAAUUCUCCUUAACCUCUAAGGAUAGAACAAGAAGCAAUGGACUUACAUUUCAGCAAGGGAGGUUUAGGUUGGACAUUAGGAAAACGUUCCUAACUGUCAGGGUGGUUAAACACUGGAAUAAAUUGCCUAGGGUGGUUGUGGAAUCUCCAUCUCUGGAGAUAUUUAAGAGUAGGUUAGAUAAAUGUCUAUCAGGGAUGGUCUAGACAGUCUUUGAUCCUGCCAUGAGGGCAGGGGACUGGACUCGGUGACCUCUCGAGGUCCCUUCCAGCCCUAGAAUCUAUGAAUCUAUUUACCUCAGACCAUUUCUCCAGUUUGUCCAGAUCAUUUGGAAUUUUCAUCCUAUUCUCCAAAGCUCUUGUGACCUCUCCCAGCUUGGUAUCAUCUGCAAACGUUAUAAGUGUACUCUCUAUGCUAUUAUCUAAAUAAUUGAUGAAGCCAUUGAAAAGAACUGGACACAGAACUGAUCCCUGCAGGACCCCACUCGUUAUGCCCUUCCAGCAUGACCAUUGAUAACUACUCUCCUGGAACGGUUAUCCAACCAGUUGUUCACCCACCAUAUAGUAGCUGUAUUUUCCUUUCUUUUGUUUAGGGUAGAUCAAAGUGAUUGUUAAAUAUAUCUGAGUGUAUUUGUUGUUUAAACUUCCUGGCAACUAAUUGGAUGUUACUUGCAUUGUUUUCACUUAUCUAUAUCCUGUUAUAAUGUAGUAGUGAAUAUUUCCAUUGUGUAUACCCUGUAACUAAAUAACCCAUCAAAUGAGGAAGAAGCCUAGUGGAAUGCAAAUGAAGAACUUUAACAUGAUAUCAGACACCUCUGUGUUCCUGGGGAACCAGGGAACCAGCUACCACCAUCAUCGGGGAACCCUGACCAGUUCAAGCCUCAUGGAGUGGGUGAGAUCCCCCCCUCUUUUUCUCUCUCUGUUUUCCUUUCUACCUUAGGUAUUAGCCUUUAAUCAUGUAUGUUAGGUUGGUUUAGUCCUCCUUGUGUAGUUAUAACUAUUAUUCAAUAAAUAACUUCUAUGGUUCA